AUGGCGUGGUCGAGAGGUGUCUGGUUCCUGCUCGGCAAGCCAUUUGUGCUUCAAAAGUGGCAUCCAAAGUUCAAACCCAUCAAGGAGGAAUUUUCAUCUGUUCUGAUCUGGGUGAAAAUGCACGACCUCCUGCUUGCAUGUUGGAAUUCAGAGGGGAUAUCACGUAUAGCGAGUAAAAUUGGGAUACCGGUUACAGCGGACAAGCUGACCGAGCAAAUGACAAAGCUAACCUACGCUUGUAUAUGUGUGCUGGUGGACAAUCUUGCUACAUACCCGGACGAAAUUCAGGUAUCCCUUGAUGGUGAUGUGGUCACCUUAAGAGUUCAAUAUGAAUGGCGUCCUAACCCCUGCGAUCACUGUAAAUCGUUUAUGCAUUUUUCAUCAUCUUGUCCAACUGUUCCUAAAGUUAACUCAGAAGAUCGCCCGAAGGAGUCGUCUAAUUUAAGAGGUAGGAGUUUCAGUCGAAAGCCACAUAAAAGGCCUAACUCGAAAAUAUGA